UCAUCACUCAAACCCCUCACUCUCCCUCCUUUUGCUCUCUCGCACAUUUCCUAUCACACAACAGGAAAAUGGCAAUCCCUCCUCCGCUCUUUCUCAUCACCUUCCUCUUCUCUGUCCUGCUCCCAACCCUCAUUUCCUCCUCCCCAGUUCAGGAUCCUGAGCUAGUAGUAAAAGAAGUGCAAAGGAGCAUCAACAAUGCGUCUAAGGCUAGGAGGAACUUGGGUUAUCUUUCUUGCGGGACAGGCAACCCAAUCGACGAUUGCUGGCGGUGUGACCACAAUUGGGAGAAGAACCGCCAGAGGCUGGCUGAUUGUGCUAUUGGGUUUGGCAGAAACGCCAUUGGAGGAAAAAAUGGCAAGAUUUACGUGGUCACAGACAGCAGCGAUGAAGAUGCAGUGAACCCAAAGCCGGGGACUCUUAGAUAUGCUGUGGUUCAAGAUGAGCCAUUGUGGAUUAUCUUUGCACGAGAUAUGGUGAUAAAGUUGAAGGAAGAGCUGAUUAUGAAUUCGUUUAAGACCAUUGAUGGGAGGGGAGCGAGUGUUCACAUUGCUGGGGGUCCAUGCAUCACUGUUCAAUUUGUGAGUAAUAUUAUCAUUCAUGGCAUACACCUACAUGACUGUAAGCAAGGGGGAAAUGCUAUGGUGAGGAGCUCCCCACGGCACUAUGGGUGGAGGACAGUAUCGGACGGUGAUGGGGUGUCAAUCUUUGGUGGGAGCCACAUAUGGGUGGACCAUUGUUCACUGUCAAACUGUGAUGAUGGGUUGAUUGAUGCAAUUCAUGGUUCCACAGCCAUUACCAUCUCAAACAAUUACAUGACACACCAUGACAAGGUGAUGUUGUUGGGUCACAGCGAUUCCUACACUCAGGACAAGGGCAUGCAGGUGACCAUCGCCUUCAAUCACUUUGGGGAAGGGCUUGUCCAAAGAAUGCCAAGAUGUAGGCUAGGGUACUUCCAUGUGGUUAACAAUGACUACACUCACUGGGAAAUGUAUGCCAUUGGAGGGAGUGCUUCCCCUACCAUUAAUAGCCAAGGGAACAGAUUUGCUGCACCAGAUGACAGAUUCAGCAAAGAGGUGACCAAACAUGAGGAUGCUCCAGAAAGUGAUUGGAAGCACUGGAAUUGGAGGUCUGAAGGAGACCUAUUGCUGAAUGGUGCAUUUUUUACAGCAUCAGGUGCUGGGGCUUCAUCAAGCUAUGCCAAGGCUUCGAGCUUAGGAGCAAGACCGUCUGCUCUUGUUGGCACAAUCACAACGAGUGCAGGUGCACUAAAUUGCAGGAAGGGUUCUCAUUGCUGAUUGUGAUAUCUCAACAAUUACAAUCCUUGCAAGUGAUUUGAAGUCUAGUUGAGAGGCUAAAUAUGUAGAAAAUUUUAGUAGAAAGUGAAGGGAGGGGGGAAGUAAAAAAGAAAAGGGCACAAGAAGCUUGGGGUCAAAUGUCAAUGAUCUCUAAGCCGAUUUACUUUUCUUGGCUUUUUCUUCACUCCAUGUUUUUCUCUUUCUACCCAUUUAUUUUCACUCUUUUUUUCUUUCUUUUUUCCACUUUUGACUCGAUUCUGAUGGUCACAAUGUACAACCUCGGCCUGUUACUCUUUAGUCCUUAGACCCAUCUCCUGUGGAUUCUGCUUGGGAAUCACAGUGGUCUUAGAGGAAGCAAGUGCAGAAGUGUUGCUAUACUAAAUGAUCUAUUUAUAACUUUUAUAUCAA